UUGGAAUUUCGUAUAAAGGUGUACCCAUACAUUUGCAAGAAAUAUUGUUCGAGUGGCGCUCACAAAGAGUCUACCCGUAAUUUCAAGUGUCCAGAAAUCGCAUCUGUUUUUAGCUAUGACCUGCAGUGCAAAUUGACACUUGCCUCAUAUUCACCCGAUACAAAAAUUGAUCACUGCCUUCUACCUACUUCACCUUCAGGACCCAGAACUGCGCAAGGGAUCAGCUCUGCUGCACUUGCUGAAAUAAAAAAGGCACUGCAUACUCGACUCGGCGAAUCUGGAGGACGUUCUGAGAAGCCCGGCACUAACGAAGAUGUCAUCGAACUCAAAGAUGCCAACUUUGAAAAGCUCGUUCUGAAUAGCAAGGAUUCUUGGCUUGUGGAGUUUUACGCUCCAUGGUGCGGACAUUGUAAAAACCUCGAACCUCAUUGGAAGGCAGCCGCUUCACAACUGAAAGGAAAAGUCAAGGUAUCACACUUUUUAAUUUUCGCUUUACAAAGCAGUCAUAAUAUAAAAAUCUUUUCAACGUGGCAUAUGUAG